CAGUAAAGUUUAUUUCACUGGAUAUUUUUUUAUUUAUAUAAGAAGCAUGAACAUGAAAAUGUAGAAAUGUUUGCAAGAAUGUCUCUAACAACUAGAACCAAGAUCCUUCAACUCUUCACCACAAAAACGCAGCGUUCCGCUCUUGCUCGUGGAUCCAGAAAUGGUUUCCGGCUGGACCCGUUUAGAGAAUCCGAAUCUUUAUCGUGUUGUUCAUUCUCGAGCUCAGCUGCAAGUGCUGCGGUUGAGGCCGAAACGGCUUCACCAUCUGCUGAGGUGUUGAAUGGGUCGAGAUUAUUCGGAUUGUUGAAGGAGUACGAGGAUUACCGGAGGAAUCUGUAUGGCGGGUUGACCCAUAAAGCCCUCUUUGUCGACGCAGUGGGCACUCUACUUGUUCCUUCCCAGCCCAUGGCCCAGAUUUAUAGGCAAAUUGGGGAAAAGUAUGGAGUGGAGUAUUCUGAAAGUGAGAUAUUGAGCAGAUACAGAUGGGCUUAUGAGCAGCCUUGGGGUAAAUCGCGCCUCAGAUACGUGAAUGACGGUAGACCAUUCUGGCAAUACAUAGUUAGUUCCUCAACUGGCUGUUCAGAUUCUCAGUACUUUGAGGAGCUGUAUAACUACUAUACAACUGAAAAGGCUUGGCACCUUUGUGAUCCGGACGCUGAGAAAGCUUUCCAGGCUCUUAGAACAGCCGGGGUGAAAGUUGCGGUUGUGUCGAAUUUUGAUACGCGCUUAAGACCACUGUUGAGGGCUUUGAAGUGCGAUCAUUGGUUUGAUGCUGUGGCUGUGUCAGCUGAAGUUGAGGCGGAGAAGCCAAAUCCUACUAUAUUUUUGAAAGCUUGCGAGUUAUUGGGAAUACAACCUGAGGAUGCUGUACAUGUCGGGGAUGAUCGUAGAAAUGACAUAUGGGGUGCCAGAGAUGCAGGUUGUGAUGCCUGGCUUUGGGGAGCCGAUGUUACCUCCUUUAGAGAGGUUGCUCAAAGAAUCGGAGUUCAGGUCUGAAUGUGGAUUCGUUACACAAUUUACAGCAAUGCUUUUCCAUUUAAAAGUUUUCUUGAUAUGUAUCUCCGAAUAUUAACCUGUAAAUAUUAUGUUUCUAUGUAAUCUGUACGAGAGAAACAUAUCCAUGGUGUUAGAUUAGAAUAAGGAACACUGGAUAAAACCCCGAGUAGCUUAGUCUUUUCUAUUUCUCUUGAUGAAAUUCGGCCUUGGCUCAUGUUUUCUUCUUUUUUAUGUUUUGUAGCUGUCUCCUUAGUAUGUAAGAUUUCAUCUACUGCUAUUUAGUCGUCUGGACAUAUAGUUUAGUGUGGUUUGUGAUAAUAUCAUGCAAUUUGGGAGAUUAUGAGAUUGAAA